AUGGGUGACGAGGAGGUUGCCGCGUUGGUGGUGGACAACGGCAGCGGUAUGUGCAAGGCUGGCUUUGCCGGGGACGAUGCCCCCCGGGCGGUCUUCCCUUCCAUCGUCGGACGCCCGAAGAUGCCGGGCAUCAUGGUGGGCAUGGACCAGAAGGAUUCCUACGUGGGUGAUGAGGCACAGUCCAAGAGAGGUGUGCUCACGCUGAAGUAUCCCAUCGAGCACGGCAUCGUCACGAACUGGGACGACAUGGAGAAGAUCUGGCACCACACCUUCUACAACGAGCUGCGUGUGGCCCCAGAGGAGCACCCGGUGCUGCUCACGGAAGCCCCUUUGAACCCCAAAGCCAACCGCGAGCGUAUGACGCAGAUCAUGUUCGAGACCUUCAAUGUGCCGGCCAUGUACGUGGCCAUCCAGGCCGUGCUGUCUCUCUACGCCUCCGGCCGCACAACCGGCAUCGUCAUGGACGGAUGCUUAU